CUUGACUUUGCAAUGAAAGCAGAUAACUAGCCUAUAAAAGAUGGUUUUAGUUGGCAAUGCUAAAGUCAUUUUCCCUGCUGCAAUUUGGAAGUCCUAGUAUAGUCUGCAAGUUUCAUUACUGUACUAGUACAAUUAAUCAGAACACUAUUCCCAGAUAUUCUGGCAACUCUGAUUAAAUCUGUGUCCUCUUCAAUGAUUAAACUAGGAUGAAAUAAGACAUCCCACAGCAUAUGCUUCUGUCACUGAAAUUCAUCUCAGAAAUGGUGUUCUUAGCCAAAGAAAGUCUUUAUGAAGGUCUUUCUGCUUUGUAGGUUAACCCUAAUUCCCAAAUGUAUUUUGUGUUUGUAUUUUGUAUUGCUUCAGUCAGGCACGCUUAUUCAAUCUUAAAAAAAAACAACAAUCUAGCUAUUUAAACAUAGAAGGCUAUCAUGUGCAAGUUCAUUUUGUAAACUUAAUAUGCUAAGAGACAGUCACCCAGAUUGGAAUCCAGGCAUGUCGAUGGGAAGUGACAUGACUGUGGAUGUAUUCCUCUUUCAGGAAUAAAAGCAAUAAAGACUCCAUGGAAUCCCAUCAUGAAAAUGAAGCUGUCAUGCCACGGCAGAAUGGGCACUCUGUUGGCUUGCAGUUCGUGUUGCCUGUCCUUGACCACAACUGGCUAUCUGUAAAGAGUGAGGAGAAGACUCUUGAACUAGUGUCCUUCCCCAGACAAAAGCAUGAUCUGCAUCCCUGGAAGUUUAAAGCUAUAUAUGGAUUAAAUCUCCUUCAUAGUUAUCAUCAUUGUCUUUAUGCCUCUUUGGAGUGGAACAUUUCAGGGAUCCUCUUGGAUAUACAGCAAUACUUUAGUCUCAGCGAUGGGGAGGCAGGUCUACUGCACACAGUCUUCAUCUUGUGUUACAUGCUGGCUGCCCCCUUCUUUGGAUACCUUGGUGACCGGUACAACAGGAAAAUCAUCCUUGGAGCUGGUAUUUUCUUCUGGUCUGUUGUAACAUUAGGAACCUCAUUCAUCAGUGAAUCGUAUCACUGGAUAUUCUUUCUUUCACGGGGACUAGUUGGCAUUGGCACGGCCAGUUAUUCCACAGUAGCACCUACCAUCAUUGCAGACCAAUUUGAUGAGGGAAAAAGGACCACAAUGUUAUCUGUCUUCUAUAUCUGCAUUCCAGUGGGAAGUGGUCUUGGUUAUGUCCUAGCAUCCGGCAUGGCAGGUGUCACAGGUGAUUGGCACUGGGCAUUCCGGGUAACUCCUUGCCUGGGAGGUAUAGCACUGGUUCUUCUGAUUAAACUCGUCCCUCACAAGAUCCAGAGAAGGACAGAAGCACACAGAGCAUUGAGCAUAUCUGGCACAAUACGAGUAGCAGCUGAAAAACCUGGUGUACAGAGAUCUGCCAAGACUACUUGGUGGCAAGAUGUCAUAUCACUUGGCAAGAAUUGCAGUUUUGUCUGGUCCUCACUGGGUUUGACUGCCAUGGCCUUCGUUACUGGAGCGCUGGGAGUGUGGGUACCGAUGUUUCUUCACAGGGCUCAGGUUGUCCAGGGCACUGUAUCACCAUGCCUUGAAAAAUCAUGCAGUUUAUCUAACAGCCUAAUAUUUGGAGGCAUCACCAUUGGGACAGGAAUCUUGGGUGUCAUUGCUGGGGCAGAAGCUGCAAGAAGAUUAAGGAAGAUAAACAACAGAGCUGAUCCUCUGAUCUGUGCCACAAGCAUGUUUGUUUCUGCUCUGUGCUUAUUCAUAGCGCUGAUGAUGGCACAGAGGAACAUCACUUCCACUUUUAUUUUUAUUGCAUUUGGAGAACUAUUUUUAUCUGCAAACUGGGCUGUUGUGACAGACAUACUGCUGUAUGUCGUGACACCGAGGCGGCAGUCUACAGCUAUUGCCCUGCAGAUUUUGGUGAGCCAUUUGCUGGGAGAUGCAGGCAGCCCAUAUCUUGUUGGGACUAUCUCCAAUGUUAUUCAGGCCAAGAACAAUCACUCAGUCCAGUGGAGUUUCAGGAGCCUGCAGUACAGCUUCAUCAUCUGUGUUUUUGUUGGUGUCAUUGGAGGAGGUUUUUUCCUCCUAACAUCUUUCUACGUUGAAGACGAUCGUAAGGAAGCAGAGAAGCUCUAAGGUACCAGAAAUGAAUGCUGUCUUUGAAGUGAAGAUGAACUCCAGGGCAAGAUUUGGAAAAAAAAAAGAAUAAAAUAAUGUCCUCCUCUUUUUCUUUCCUUUCCUUUUUGCUUAAUGAGAUACAGCUAGAGAAAAGGCCAAAUAACAAUUCAUCCAUAUGGCAGAAAAUCCUGUGUACUGACUUUUUUGGAUGCUUUUGACUGUGAGUCAAAAAUUGCUGCUGAAUUGGCAUAUGGCAGCCCUCUCUCAAUCUGCAAAACGGGCAUGAGUAUUCUGCGGAGCUGGGGAGCUCCAGAAGGUAGAGUAUAGAGCUGUCACAAGCAUGACUGUCAACCUAAACAAGACUAGCAUUUAAGGCAGAAUGUCUUGUGGAGAUUAGGAGGGGAGGCCUAUGAAUUCUCAAGAGGAUAAGAUUUGUCUAUAGAAUUUGGAAAAUCUAGAUAUUUCAAACAGUGUUUUCAUUUGUCUGAAAUGACCAAGGGAAGCAGACUACCAAAGUCAAUGCCAGGUUCAAGAGUGGAGGGUUGUGGUCAGUCUGUAUGUCUAUAUGCAUGUCCUGGUUUUGUCAGGGAUAGAGUUAAUUUUCUUCACAGUAGCUGAUGUGGUGCUGUGUUUUGGAUUUACGAUGAUGAAAAUGGUGUCAAUAACACCGAUGUUUUAGUUGUUACUGAGCACUGCAGAGUAACUGCUCAAGAACUUUUCAGCUUCUCAUGCUGCCCUGCCAGCAAGGAGUCUGGGGUUGCACAAGAAGCUGGGAGGGGACAGAGCCAGGACAGCUGGCCUCAACUGACCAGAGAAAUAUUCCAUACCAGAUGGCGUCAUGCUGAACAAUAAAACUGGGGGGAGGUAGUCAAGGGCGCUGCUGGUGCUUGGGGGACUGGCUGGGCAUCAGUCAGCUGGUCGUGAGUAUUGUGU